CUAACCAUCUUUCAAUCCAUUAAUCCACCUCACACAUAUUUUCUUCACCACUCCUUAAAGAUGACAACAGCAGAAGAAACUUCAAACUUGGAUCUCAUACGCCAACACCUCUUAGGUGAAAACAUCUCAACCUCCUUUUUCUCCAAUUUCUCCAACCUCAACCCUGUGAAGCUUGAAGCCCCUUCAUCACCUUCAUCACCACACUUUGAUUUUGAUUUCUCAGACAACACCACCUUCUUCACUUUCCUUGAAGGCUAUGACUUGGUUGCAGACAUGGAGUUUCUCGAUCACAAAACCAUCAUAAACUCCACAUCAACACCCCCCUUAAACAAAUGCAAUUCUCCUCAACCAUUGGUGUCAUCAUCAGAAUCAGAAGAGAAAGCAAAGAAGGUAGAACAUGAUGAAGCAAAACGUUAUAGGGGAGUUAGGAGAAGACCUUGGGGUAAGUUUGCUGCAGAAAUCCGUGACCCUACAAGGAAAGGUACAAGGGUUUGGCUUGGAACUUUCGACACUGAAAUUGAUGCUGCUAAGGCUUAUGAUUCUGCUGCUUUCAAGAUGAGGGGUCACAAAGCGAUUCUUAACUUCCCUCUUGAGGCUGGAGUGUCUGAUCCAAAACCAAACACUUGUGGCAGGAAAAGAAGAAGAGACACCCUUGAAUUGGAGCUCCCACAGGUCCAUCUUCAUCAUGGUGUAUCAUGAGAAACUGAGAACAUAACAGUUCAUAGCAUUAGCUAGUUUGUUUUCUGGAAAAAUAAGAUUGCUUUUUUGCCUGUUUAAUCUGUACAUAGAAGCAAUGCUAAUGUCGAAUGUCUGUGUGAAAAUCUAUGUUAUGGAAGUUUUACUAACUUUGAGGAGCUUAAGACCAGAAUGUUAAUCAGUUUCUGUUACAGAAUACACUGAAACAAAAUGAACCGACACAUUUUCUUCUUGUUUUUC